AUGGAACAACAGUCUUACCUUCGGGAAAGGACUAUAAACUCCUUAAAAGAACCGUCAAGUCACUCCAAUAGGUGGUUCUUGAGAAAACCAAGGACCACCGGUGACAACGGUCACGGCAUCCAUGACAUAUGGCAGCAAGGAAUCGUCCUCUCACAUUAUUCUCGUACUGAUCGCGAGUUCCGCCAGGUUGACCGUCUUGCCUUCGGCUAUCAGAAUCCUUCGGUCACUUGCAUAUUUGUUCUUGUUGCCUUUGUUAGGUGCGAUAAAA